AGAGCGAUAUAUGAUUUGCCGCAUCUCUAUUUGAAUACACAAUAUAUCAAAGGAAGCACACUCCUUCACAGUCAGACAGCCUUUUAUUGUGCUGCUCUCAAGUGCUGGCGGUGACCGAAACUGCUGAGUGCGUGUGCGUCGAUGUAAUCGGAGGCGCGCACCUCCCACUGUCGCGCUUACACCCACAGAACUCGCAUUCUCUUUCAUUUGAAGCCGUUUCCUACAUAUAAUUCUGCAAUCUUCUUUUCUUUUUCAUUUUUUAUAGCAGCUGUCUCUCUUUUUCUGUCUCUUGCUUUUUUGUUUGUUGUUCUUUUUUAAAGUUUACUGUGUGAUUGCUACCAUCACAAAGUCUCUUUUCCCAUCUAUUGUGCAGAGUCUUUUAUACUGUUCUUUGUUCAUAGGUCCUUCUUAGCCUGCUUCCUGUGUAUGUAUGCGUUGUUUAUUUUUACUAUUAUUGCUACUACUACCAUUCCUGCUGCACCGAAAGCUGUGCUGAAAGGGUCGCUCACUCUUUAUUAUUUUUGUCGUCUUUUCUUUCAGAGCCUAGUUUUUUUUUCUGUCUUUCUUUUAAAGUUGUUGUUGCGAGUAAACCGAGGUUUUUUUCCUCUGCUUUUCCCAAUCUUCUCGUGGCAGCUAAGUUGCCCUUUUUUCCCCUUCAUCAAACGAACAUACACCCACUAGAUUUAGAAAACAGGAACGCGAAUUACAACUUCAGUAGUGGCCUCUUCUCAUUGUGCACAUCCUUUCUUUUCCGUUCGUUUGUUUGUUGUACAUCCCUCACAGCCUCCGUUUUUUUUUUUUGGUUGUGCUCGUCUGUUUGCCACCGCGCACUGUCUUACAUUUUCUUCUCCCGUUCUCCCUCUUUUCUCCCUCUUUUCUUUCUCUUUUAAGUUCUCCCCCUCCCCUCUAUCAUUCCCCCCUUUACUGUUUGUAUUACUUCGCUCCUCCAUUGUUGUAGCCGGAUAGACUCGAGGUGGACGCCUUUUUUUGUGUGUUUUAUUUCCCGCUACUCACUCGCUACGCUUCCUUCGUCAUCCGCCCUGCCCUCUCGCUUUACGGGUACUCCCCCCUCUCCGAAGAAGCAGAAAAGAGUUUUCUCCGUCAAUUCCAACGCAACAUCAACAAGUCGAUUUUGCAGAGUCCGUAGAGGAAGCUGACACAGAAGACACCGACUCACGUAAUAAAAGAAAGGAAAAGAAGCUGCAAAUCAUUUAAGCCCUCUCUUUUUUGUCGCCGUUUCGUCUUUCUUCAUAGCUUGCGUUUUUUGCCAGCACGCGUGGAUCUCAUUUUCUCUAUGUGUAUAUGCGCUGACUGAAAUAGGUUCGCGACGUGAAAAUCUAUUUCCUUCGAUUUGUUUUUUUCCUUUUCAAAACAGAAGGGAAGAUAAAAGAAGAGGGUGUGUGAAACAACACGUACGUAUAUACUGAAACCAACCCCCCCCCCCCCAAAAAAAAAAGCAUUUGUCUUGGCUGUAUACACGACAGUUACCGGUGUGCAACUUCUUUUUUUUUUGCUGUUGUUGUUAAACAUUCGUGUUGCAUCGAGCAGAGAAAAAGUUGUGCUCUCUCUCUUUCGCUCGAUUGAACUUGUUUUCGUUUCUUUUUUUUUUCCCCUAUUUUGUUCGUAUUGAUAUUGGUGGGUUUUCUCGUUCACUGCACACGAAAGGCAGGUUUGUCGUGUUAUCUUUCUCUCUUUUUUUUUUGAACUCUUUGUGCUCGCCAUGUCAAACGGGGAUUACAGCUACACGAAUGACCUGGAUGAGGGCGGGGUGCUGGGUGCCGUGGCGCCCCGCCACGAGCAGAACCACUCGCCCUGGGCCCAAGUAGUUGCAGAAAUGGGCGAUUCAGACGUCAACUACGAAUACCUCAAUAGCAACCCCAAUAACGAUAACACCCUCUCCGCCGACUUCGGCAACAACUUCGGCGAGGUGCAGACCGCCCUCGCAUUGGAAGACUUUGUCGGUGUGUACUGCAGCAACCUGGAAAAUGAACUGUUCGAGAGCAACUCCGUCUUCGACAUUGGCGCCGGUGAACAGGGCACGCAGUCGCCGGACGUGGCAAGUCAACAGUCUGUCAGCGGGACUGACUUCGACACGCUGCCGAUUGCACCCAUCGCGAAGCAGCCCAUCGAUGCCUCAAGACGGUCACCACCGCCAUCAUUGACCCGGCAGCAGCCUCUCCCCACCACGACCACCACAACAGCUGCGACCACGUCCGGCCCCACGCGACGUCCACCCAACGCAUCCAGCAGCAACUACGACAACACGUCUGUGAACGGGACGAGCUUGAUGCCAGCCCUCGUAGGCGCAAGUGCUGUCGCCCAAGCCCCUGCCUCUCCCAUGAAGUACGCUGACACGUACGGCAUUGCGAAUCCGUCGGCGGUGCCAAGCAACACGCACUCGCCACAGCAUCUGAGUAGCGACACCAAGCACGGGCGAGAGGUGCACGAACACCCGCCUGCCUCCAAGCCUGGAUCGGGUGUGGCGGGCUCUUCCAUCGGGCCGUACGGCCUGGGGGGCCGCGGCGCGAAACCCUCCUCGGCCAAGGCGGCGUCCACCCGCACCGGGCGCCCUGCGCCACCCCCGUUGCAGCCCUCGACAAUCCAAAGCAAAACCGAUGCCGAGGACUUCAGUUUUGGUAUUGAGACGUUCCUGCACGGUACGCAGCUUGGCUUUGGACGGCAGCCGUCCUUCAAGCGCAUCGCGGCCGGCGCGCCGAGCCCGACGAACAACACGAGCAAGCCGUACUAUCUGAUUCCGGGAAUGACGAGGGAGGGAAACAACUUGCCUGCCGCGGCGCCGGCGGUGAAUAGCUCACUGGGACCCCCAAUGCGGCCAGCCGCCGGCGCCGAUCGCAACGCGGAGGCCUUCAGCACCUGGCUGGAGGCGCUGGAGCCGAAGGCGAACUCGAACGCGUCGUCUCCGCGCAGCCUACGCGCCGUAGCUGCAAACAAUACCACUCACAACAGUACUAAUAAUAGCAGUACUAGCCCUGCCACGGUGGGUCCCUCUGUCCGUGAGGAUUUUAAGCGCGAGGUCGAUGUGAUGAUGAAGGACCUGUUGGGCGACUACGACCUCACUGGUGGCAUGACCGGCGUUUUGGUCCCCAACACCACCGUCGCGUCCGGGCUGCCGCUGACGGGGCUUUCCACGGCCAACGGUGGCACCUUUAGCGGCCGACAGAGCAGUCUGUCCACUGGGGGCGGAGGUAAGGAUACUACGCGGCAGCUAGAGUACGAUGCGUUUCUGAAGGACAUGCGCAUGCUGACGCCCACCGCGCGGUCCCCGGCUGCUGGGGUGGCCGCGGCAAACACGGCGGCGAGAGACGAAAGAAGAAAGCAGCAGGCGAAGGCGUCGGAGACGACCGGGGUCGCCGCCGCUGCCGCCUCACCAAAGUCUAUCUUGAACACCAUCCCCGCUGUAGCUCCAGCACGAAGCCCACGGGCGGCCAAAAAAGGUAACGCCACGGCAUCGGCGGCACCAGGCCCGCAAACGGGUCUCCCGCAACCGCCAGACGGGAGUGGGUCGCAGGCUCGCCGUCGGCCCAUGUGGAACAAUUCUGUCCCUGCCACGAGCAGCAGUGGCGAGGGCACCUCGGGAGCGGCCGUCGGCCCGACCACGGAGGCGGCGGAGCCGCUCAAGCCGUCACCUCCGCGAGGCAGCAAGGUGUCAGUCAGUGCCCAUCAAACGCCACCACGUCCAGCAGUGGCGACCCGUCCCCUUCUCACUACGGCUUCCAUGUCCGCAAGUGAGCAGUCUGCGCGCCUGACGAAGACCCCGCCGCGCAGGCUGUCGAGUCCGCGUUCGGAGCGGAGCAACAACAACAGGACCCCCCUCUUUCCCGGCUCGGAGACUUACGAUGGCAUGGACGAGGAUUUGCUUGCCGGUGGGUACAUGACCGGUGCCUCAGUGCUGCGCAGCGCUGAAUCUCUGCCAGAUGCGAGUAGCCCUAUGAGAGGGGAAAACGUGGAUAGAAUGAUGCGGAUGCCGAGAAGCCCGCCGAAGAAGGAUCGCACGGGCGCAUCCUCCCCCCACGGGCGACGCUUCUCCUCGAUGGACGGCCACAUCGGUGCGUCGGCGGUCUCAACGUCGCUGAUGCGCCAGAAGCGGCAUCCGUCCUGCAAAAAGAGCGGGACGAGUUCUGCGGCAGCGGCGGCGCCGUCGGGCAGGUCACCUGAGCAGGUGAGCGGAGUCCAAGCAGCGACGAGCCCGCGACGCCGCACCUCCAUUCCGAGUCUCUCCACCAGCAAGACCCGACUGAGCGGCGACUCGGGCACGCGGGCGACGAACCCGCUGCCGCUGCCCUCCUUUGCGCCAAACCAUCUGCCGAACACAAACCCGCAACGUGGGGCGUCCACAAGCAGAACGUCGCCGAUGCAGCGCGACUCUAUCGCCAAAGGCGCAAGCGUGCUGACCAUGAACAGCGUUAGCCGAGCCUCGCGGCGCGCCGGCACGAGCCCGACCACGGUAGAGCCAGUCACACUGGCCGACCGUGAGCGGCAGGGCUUUCUGCAGCGUGUUGGCGCCUUCAACUCUGAAAACCGCGACGACGUAAGUCUCAGCGUCGGGCGUAGCGGUGCCGCGGCGCCGCCGCGCCGCCGGCUGUUGGAGUUCCGCAGCGGCGGUGGCGACGCCGGGCUGCUGCCGUGCACCUCGCGCUCUCGCAUAUCCAUCACUCACACCGCGGAGGACGCCCGCGCCGAGGCUGCGCGGCAGCGCGACCGGGAGCGGGAGGUGCAGCAGGCGAACGAGGAGCGCCGGCAGCGCAUUCAGGCCUUCAUGGCGAAACGCAAGGCGGAAAAGCAGAUGGAGGAGCUGCGCAGAGGUCAGCUGAUGGAACGUGAUCGAAAGCUGGAGGCCUACAGGGAGGAACAGGAGCGGCAUCGCAUUUACGAGACCACCGCGCCGGAGCCGGUCACAACAACGUCGACACAGCAGCAGCAGCAGCAGCCAGGCGCAGUGGCGGGGAGUGGAUUCAACGCGAUCAAAGCCUCGCAGCGGACGCGCAGGCCCACGUUGGAGCGACUGCAGCGCCCAUCGGUGCCCAGCUCGAACUUCAUUCCUGAGGUCUCGACGGUGCCCAUGACGCCGCAGGCCGUACGCAACGAACCUGCCCCCGAUGCCGCCCCUCAAGGCCAGCGCACCGCCGGGCCCAAGACAAAAGUACGCGCGGUGGUGGUCUUCAUCAGCAGCGACGAGGCUGCCAAUGCCAGCAAGAAAUCAGGCAAGAAUGAGACGCCGCAUCGCCUGAGCAGCAGCUCGACGGGGUGCCCCACCGUGUAUGAGGGCACGUCUGUCGUGAUGAAGCGAGACGAGACGGAUAAGGUGCUGAAGGUGCUGCAGCCGCAGGAGCGCCCUCGUUACUUCAACGUGGACGAGUACGUGCUGAUCAAUGACGCCACUCCAUCCGCGUUGUCUAAAUCUCGCGACAGGGGUGGCGGUGGUGGUGGCAUCACCGGCUCCUACGACACGGCGAAUGCGCUGCGCAACGCUGCCGGGGCGCGACGCCGACGCUUGAUCUCGCUGACGCUGACGGAGAUGAGUCGGAAGUUUCUGGCCGGUGUCAACGUUGCCCUGCUUCUGGCCAGCACCGAGAACGCGCAGGAAGCGACGGUGCUGGCCGUUCGCGAAGUCGUAGAAGGUGUCGUGUCCCACAUGCGGGCUCAAUCGCAGCUCUUUGUCUCCGUCGCGUACGUUGCGGGUGGCAACACGGAGGACCUGCUGGUGGACCCGCCGCGUCCGGUGCGGUCGACUUUCAGAACCUCACCACUUUACGGGCCGACCCUCGACGGCGUCGACUACGUGCCUGUCACAGGCGCCGGCCAUCUCCUGCGCACCGUCGCGGUGGCCUACAAGCGCGUCAAGGAGGGCCAGCCACCACCAGAGUCCGGGUUGUUGGUUAUCUCCCUCUUGCUGAAGCAGUGCCGUGACUCGGAUGUAAUCUUGUCGUCCUACUUGAUCAGCGAUGCCGGGGUCGACGGAAGCCUCUACACGGCCAUCCUCCGCAAGUCACCGCACUCGCCUUUUGCUCUCUUUCACUCGGCGCUGGGCGGGCCGACGCUGACGACGGUGCUGAUGGCAACCGACGCAGCCGACGUGACGGCGGCGGUGCCGCUGCUGAACGUGCAGCACCGCCUGUGCACCAUCAUGAACAAGCCCUGUCACGUCGGCAGUGUGCGCCGGUUUAGUGAGCUGGCGCAGCGCGAGUUGGACACGGCGAGCGACCGCGCGAGCAAGGGCGGCGGCUCCAACAGAAGUGAUGCAAAGACCAGCAUCAGCAGCAACGGAGGCAACAGCACUCGUCAGCCGAGCGGCAACUCGUUCAGCAGCACCCUCAAGAGCCCCAGCAGCCGUCGGCUGUCGAGCGCGCGACGACAGCGACUGGGUGCCUCGCGACCGCAGAUCCACAAGCGUCUGGCCGAGCAGGUGGCCGUCGCGAAGCAAAUCUUAGCAAAUCCGCAGGGCUACCUGCCGAAGGGCGUGCUGUCGACGGAUAGCGAGAAAGGGUCCUCCGUCACGAUCCAGUCCGUGCCGUGUACUGCACCUCCGUCCGCCGCGAUGGCACCACGCACGCAGCUGACGAGGCAGCAGGAGGACGAGAUCAAGGAUCUGCAGCUGUCGAACGUUGGGCAGCCGCGGAAGGGGUCGUACAAGGGGCCGGCCACGGCCGCCGCCGCGGCAGCGGUCACCGCCGGCAACGUUGGCGGAGCGAAUCGCACCAAGAUGGCAGCAGCGACAGAGGCCGAGCAAACGCAAACCAUUCCGAGCGACAACGGUGUUGUGCUGCCCAGCAUUGCACCUGGCUCGGCAGCCGCCCCUGUCUGCACGACGCCGGCGCAAAGGGACCUGACGGCUGCGGCUUGUGCGCCGCCUGGGAUGAGUGCGGUGCCGUUGAAGCACCCCGGCGCGGCGCCGACCGAGCUCGUCGCGCCUCAGUUGUCGGCGCGACGCUCGAGCAACUAUCUCGCCGCUGCCACCACCGCAGGGAACGCCUCCGCAGCGAACUCCAGCCGUGAUGCGCGUGAGGCGUCGUCUGUGCGGAACAGCCUCACCUCGGCCACAUACGUUCCUCUUGCGGCUUCGCACGCCCGCUUCAGUCGUAGCGACGCGGAUAUGGGUGCUGGUGGCGCCGCCCCGCUUCCUCUCCGGCAGUCUGUCCUCAACGAGCAAAGUAUGUCGACCAGUGCCACCUACGUGCGACGUGGCCGCGACAACGGCGAUGGCGCGGCGCGGCGCAACACCGGUUUCAUGAACUUCGAGGACGGUGCGGUGAGCCAGAGCAUGCCGACGACGGAGACGGACCCGGACAGCAACAACAACGCCCAGCAGCAGCAGCUGCAGCGCCCACGCAACCCGACCAAGGCACCACCAGACCACCUGGGGCUGCCACCUUGGCCGGCGACGACGAUGGCGCCGACUUCCGACGCUGCGACCGGUACGGCGCCGCGCAACUCCAGCGCUGCCCGGCGUCGCGGGUCAGCCGAUGAGGGGCGCCCAGGCUCCGGCCUUCCGCCGUUUGCGCUGCCCAGCGUGAUCGCCGGUCCCGCCGUCGCAAGCGUCGCAGGAAGCAAGCGGCUGCUGCCGAGCGCGACGCCGAUGGGCUCGACCGGGCCGCAGUGGCCGAGCACGCCGGGGAUUGAAAUCCCCACCAUCCUCAGCGUCACCUCCAUCGACACCUCCUUCACGCGUGACGUGUCUGUCUCGAUGCAGCAGAGCUCGAACGCCUACGAGAGCGACAAGGCGCCGCUACCGACCUCGACGAAGGUGCGCACAUUAGUGAUCCUCGACUCACACUGCCGCGAGACGUCGAACGUGACGUACGACAACACGAUGGUGAUCGCCACGACCGAGGACGACUUUGAGGAGUACGACGUGGACGAGGUGAGGGAGGCGACGCCCGGGCAGAAGGAGCUCAUUCAGGCCGAUCUGUUGAAAGAGCUAUGCGACACGUUGCUGAGGGGCUGCAACGCGGCCAUUCUCGGCGCUGACAGCCGCCCGACAGGCUUCUCCGCGCAGGUGCUGAAGUCGGUGGUGCAUACAAUUUUUGCGGAGAUGCACCGCGCCGACACGCCCCGUAGCGGCCGCCUCAGCGCCUCGAUUGUGAAGGUGAAGGGCGAGUCGGUGGUGGACCUGCUGCAAGACUCCGGCGACGCGCAGAAGCUCGUCAUUGCCAUCUCGCCCCUCUUUGGCUCCUGUGUGCACGGCGUCACCUACGCGGACGUCUCCAGCGGGGCGGGCUUCGACGACACGAUCGACGCCGCGCUCGGCCGCGCUGCCUCGCACGACAACGGCCGCGAUUACGGCUUUGUGUUCUGCUCCCUGCUCUUCAAGCUACGGCUGGAGGAAGAGGGGGAUGUGCAGGUGUGCUCUCUGGUGGCGACCUUCGCAGGCGAGAACGUGGGCCUCUACACGUCCGUCCUGGACCGCAGUCCGCUGGUGCCGCGUGCGCUCUUCCACUACGCCCUCGGCGGGCCGAGCUACACGAUCGCGCUGCUCGGCAUCGGCAGCGAGGAGACCCGCGCGAACCAGAUGCUGCAGGUGCAGAAGCGGCUGGGGGAGAUGAGCAACCGCGCGACGCACCCCGGCAGCGUGGCGAAGUUUGUCGCCGGCAUCCGCAACGACCUCACGCCGAACCUCAUCGCCAAGUACGAAAGCUCGCGUGAUCCGUCAGAGCGGGCGGCAACGAAAGAGAUGAUUGAGCGGCUGGCGGAGAUGGUGAAGGAUGCCGAUGCGUUGCUGGUCGACUUCGACCACCACCAGCCGAAGGCGUACCUGCACGGCGACGCGGAGCAGCAGCAGCAGCAGCAGCAGCCGCCAGGCGGGGCCGCGGACAACAAUAGCAACAACAAACAGCUGCAGCAAAUACGCAGCACGUCCCUGUCUGUGUCACCCGCGACAGCCGGGAUCGUCAGUGCUUCGGGUGACGGCAACGAUACGAAUAGAAAUAAACGGAGCAGCGGCGCUGCAGGUUUGUGCCCGCACGGCAUAUCGACCCCCGCGCGCCCGACGGCCACCCAACGUGCGCUGCCGACCAUCACGGCCGUCAACCCCGACGCCGAGGGGGAGCGCAUCCAGUCGUUGGUGUGCUUCAAGCAGGAAAUGAUGGGCGCCGGCACCGUGGCGGUGCAGGGCAACACCAUCCUCUGCGCCAGUCAGGGCGGCACCCGCUUCGACAGCGACGAGGUAAUCACCUGCGACGAGAAUCAUCGCUCCCUGUCGUCGAAGCUGAUGGACGAUUUGGUGGCGAAGUUCCUCUCGGGUCACCACACGGGUCUCCUCGCCGCCGACAGCAGCUACAGCGCCUUCACGCCGCUGAUGUUGAGGCACAUCGCAAACAACAUUAUCGAGGCUGUGCUCGGCGGCAGUGGCAGCGAUCAUGACGAGGACAACGGCUUCGCCUUCACGAAGCCCCCAACCAUCAGCGGGGAGCUGCAGGUGUCCAUUGCGCUGAUUAAAGACGAUGUCACGGCGGAUCUGCUGCCCAUCGACGUCGACGCGACCUACCACCGCUUCGAGGUGGAGCACACGCCCCUCUACGGCCCACGCGUGAUCGGCAUCACGCCCCACCUUGUCGCGAACCCGCAGGACUUUGAUCACUUCCUCGCCGUCGCCAUCGACAACGCCGACCCGGCGCUGCAGACGGCCGACCCGGGCAUCAUGGUCGUGUCCCUCGUGCUGACCCAGCGGGUGACGAAACCGGUGGAGGACGUGCUGGUGUCCUCGCUGCUCUGCACCGCCGUCUUCGACGCAGUUCACCAUUACGAACGUGUGCUGGAGGGCAACCCAGGCGAGCCGCUGGAUCUCUUCAAGAACGUGCUGCGGGGGCCGUGCUUUUCGGUGGCGCUGCUCGGCAUCAGCGACGAGGAGGAAGACCCGGGGAAGCUGCUGCGUGUGUUGAAUGACCUCUCGCAAGUGCGCAACCGUGCGCCGCAGGUGAACAGCGUGUCGCGGCACAUUCGGGAGCUUCAACGUGGUAUUGUGAAGUUGAAGGAGCGCAUGACCACCUCUUCCAAUGGCGAUGAAAAGGCGUACAUCAAAAGCCGUGUGGAAGUGGCAGAGAAUCUGCUGGAGGAGGCGGAGUCGCUGCAGCGCAAUCCGCUGUCUCUGAUGCAGCCACGAGCUUUUGUACCUCUCGGUGGCACGUCCGACUUGCAUUAA